AUCAGACGACCACAACUUGCGGAGUCCAGCAGCUUAUGUAAAAAUUGCUCCCUUUUUAUGCUGUUUUAACACGUCACACCACUUCUUAGAGAUGUUCAGUACGUCGAGCAAUGUGCUGCAAAACCAGGUUGUGUUGCCGCUGUCAUAUAUUAUAUCCCAAUAUUCGGGAAAGUGUGGUCCACGACAGCACAACAAGAAUACUCAAAAGAGCAUCAAUAACACUUCAUCAGUGGUUAACAUUGUAUGCUCAGAGAGUCUAGCAGAGACAGUUGAACAUCUUGGAGAAUCAGGUUUAAGACAGAUUAGUCAGCUGAUUACCCCACAGCUUCUCCAGGACCUCUCUUUAUAUGGCCCAAAGUUGAAUCUGCCUUUCCCCUCAAGCCAGUCCACAGCACAUCGAGCCUUAUCAUCUGCCUCUCGUCUUUAUGUUGGGAGGAGAGGAGCCUGGCAUGAGUCCCAUAUAUCAGCCAACACAUUCUCAGAGAAUAAGGGAAAUGGGAAGCCCUUAUCUACCUUCUGUGGAGACAUGCGUCUUAAGCCUGUCUUUGCAGUGACUGAGAGACUACUUUUGUCAAAGCCUUUGCAUCAAGCAGUUUUGACUCAGCAACGUGGCUUCAAGACACAGCAAUCCAUUGAGCGUGAAUCUCUAAGGCAAACCACAGUCGCUGAUCGGUUACGAGAUGGCCUGAAGUCCAGGCAGCGCUCCAGCAGGAAUAUCCAGCAGGAGGCAGAGAGUAAUGCAAAGCUAAAGGGUAUGCUGACAGAGGAAUCGUCUUCUGAGGUUCGCAAAAACAUGAAGGUGGCUUUUGCAGAGGGGUAUCUGGCAGCAGAACCUCAGAAGCAUCAGUCACGUACCAUGAGGUGGAUCAGGAACUUCCAACAAGUCCUGGCCAUUGUCGUGUUCAUUGCUAUUCUCUUCUCACUAAUGGGCGGUAUGGGAGGGUCCAUGUUCCGAAUGCAUGUCGGAAAUGGCAACGAGGUCCACCCAGAGGAAAUCAUUGUCUCCUUCAAGGAUGUCAGAGGGGUAGAAGAAGCCAAACAGGAACUACAAGAAAUUGUGGAGUUCCUGCGAAAUCCAGAGAAGUUUACCUCAUUGGGGGCUGAGUUGCCAAAGGGUGUACUUCUUGUGGGCCCUCCAGGCACAGGCAAGACACUUUUGGCUCGGGCAGUAGCAGGGGAGGCAGGAGUGCCUUUCUUUCAUGCAGCUGGCCCAGAAUUUGAUGAAAUCCUGGUGGGCCAAGGGGCACGAAGAGUUAGGGAUCUCUUCCGUGCUGCUAAGAUGAGAACUCCAUGUGUCAUAUUCAUAGAUGAAAUUGAUUCUGUUGGUGCCAAGCGAUCAAAUUCAGUGCUCCAUCCCUAUGCCAACCAAACAAUCAACCAGCUGCUUUCGGAAAUGGAUGGCUUCCACAAGAAUGAUGGAGUUAUUGUCCUGGGGGCCACCAAUAGACGGGAUGACCUUGAUAAGGCCCUUAUGCGUCCAGGAAGAUUUGAUGUUGAGGUUCAGGUCCCUAUUCCAGACUUGGCUGGAAGGAAGGAGAUAUUUGAUUAUUACCUAGGUAAAAUCAAAGUUGGUAAUGAUGUUGACGUGAAUGUUCUCUCAAGAGGAACAACAGGUUUCACAGGUGCUGAUAUAAAAAAUGUAACCAAUCAAGCAGCACUAAGGGCAGCAGCUGAUCAGGUAGAUUCAGUGUCCAUGAAGCAUUUGGAGGCAGCCAGAGAUAAAGUACUGAUGGGUCCAGAGAAGAAGUCCCGUAUCCCAGAUGAGGAGGCCAACCUUGUUACUGCGUACCAUGAAGGUGGUCAUGCGCUGGUAGCUCAUUACACCAAGGACUCCCAUCCACUGCACAAGGUCACAAUCAUUCCCAGGGGCCCAUCACUUGGACAUACUGCCUAUAUCCCUGCUAAGGAGCAAUACCACAUGACAAGAAGUCAGAUGCUUGCUACCAUGGACUCCCUCAUGGGAGGCCGAGCGGCAGAGGAACUUAUCUUUGGAACAGACUUUAUCACAUCUGGGGCUUCUUCAGACCUAAAACAAGCCACAAGCAUUGCUACGCACAUGGUGAAGGACCUGGGCAUGAGUGAUCGUGUGGGCUUGAGGACCUUUGAAGACAACACUGGCCAGCUGAUUAGCACGGGAGACUCCCUUGGCCAGUCCACUAAAGAAGCUAUAGACCAUGAAAUAAAAAAAUUGCUACAGGACUCAUACGAGCGUGCCAAAUCCAUUCUGAAAGCCCAUGCCAAGGAGCACAAAGCUCUUGCCGAGUCCCUCAUGAAGUAUGAGACCUUGGAUGCUGAUGACAUCAAGGCCAUCCUGGAUGGACGACCAGUGGCCAAGGACUUGUAGUUUGGGGUUAGGUUUAGGAUGCCUUAUUGUAACAAAGCCAGUCAUGUCAUAUUCAUCACAUUAUGACGAAAAAUAUUAAAGCUGUUGUGUUUGAUUUAUUUAAAGUGCAAAUAUCAUGAAGGAUAUUGAGUUUUAUGCAUUUCUAGUUUUUAAAAGAGUAACCCCUAGAUAAUAUAUCAAUUCUGGCAUAAGCAGUUUCUUUUGGGGGGGGGAGUACAUUUAGAAAAUAUGUGACAUUGAAAAAUAUUUUUACUUUGCUAUUAAGUCAUGGUAUUAGCAUCCCAUUUAACUUUUUCAUUGCCAUUCACUGUUCAUCUACAGAUCAUGAUUUCAGGCUGAUCAUAGCAUCACAGGGUAGAUAAUAGGUUUGUAAUGAGGUAGGUAAAAUCUGUGAGGGAGUUAGAGCUCAGGACCUAUAUUGUCUUAGUGAGAACUCUCCUUAUUGGUCAUCUUGUGAAUUAAAGUACAAUAACAUUUGAAAAUCACUACAUUGUAUAUUUCCUUUGUAUAUUUUCUUUCCUAAAUAAUUUGAUUUUUAAAAAGUGAAGAAAACUCUGGGAAUGUAAAAGAUAGACAUUAUUUGUUUUCAUUUUAAUUUUCUCAGUAUAAAAUGAAGAACAUCAAGUAUAUAAUUAUUGCAUAAUAUCACGUACACCAACAUUGCUCCUUUCAUACUUUCUUUCUUGAUAGGGAACAAAUAAUUAUUAAACAAGGUGCUGAUUGCAGGAGAAGACAGUUGCCAGGAUGAUCAGUCCUUUCUGUAUACUUUUCUAUGAAUGCAUAAUAGAUGGAAAAUGUGGUCAGUCUGUGAAUCCUUAAAGUAACAGAUGUGAAUUUCACAUGACACACACAGUGGGAAGAUUAGAACUUUUUAUUCAUUUUGCACAGAUGUGUGUGUGAAUUUUUGUAAAUAGUAUGUUUUCAUUUCAUUAGUUUGCAUUUGGAUGUGACACAGUUGCAUUCCAAGCAAUAGUCAUUUUCAUUUUUCAUCACAUGAUACUGUGUUGUGAAUCUCUCCUCUGGAUGUAUUAUAAAUCCCACUGAAUGUUGUGUUCUGUUGAAGAAAUUAUUCUCAGUUUGAUACAUUUUGGUUUGUAGCUCUCACAUCUUGGUGAAUAAUAGCUUGUGAUGUGUAGACAUUUUGCUUAGCUAGGUUUUAAUUUGAAGUUAAUCUUCCUGAGGCAAGUGUCCAUUAGUAAAGAAAUCAUUUUUCCCUUUUUGAUUGUACAUUUGUCAUUUCAUCUAUAAUUUAUGCAUUCAUUAACUAUUAUUAUUAUGGUUAUCUUAAUGAUGGUUAUGACACCACUUGGUAUAAUGAAAGGGAAAUUUACUUUUUUCAUAUGUUGUUGUAAGGUUGUACUUAAAGUCCAAGUGUCUCCACUCUUCAGCCUCAUUAAGAAGUGAUGGGCAAAAUUCUUAACAGUGAUCUUGAAGUACUUUGACUAAUUUUCACUGUCAAGAAGGAAAUAAAGCAGCUGUCAUCAUGCACCUUUGACAUAAGGAAAAUAGCUCUUGCCUGUGUCUUUGCCAUGAACUUUGGCUCACUUUCUCAUCAGACCUCUCAAUGUUCAUUCAUUGUCAUCAUUACAUAUUUCACGUUGUUUUCAGAAGGUAGGGUAGGUGUAGAGAUUUUAUCAGUAUAUAGAAGAAAGUAGAUUUAUUGAUUCAGUAUGGGUGCAUUUUUUGUAAGGAAGGUUAUGUUGUACAUUUCAUACAUGAGCUCUUUCUCAUGUGGAUAGACAACUUUCUAUUUGUCUGUCCUGUAGAUUCUCAUAUGUGAAGUACAUUUUUUGAGCAUAGAAAUAAAGGAUUGUAUUUUUUUGUUUUGUUUUUUGUUUUCCUAGUUCUAGUUAUGUUAACCUGAUGCCGCCAGGGAUGUUAUGUGCCCAUUGUGAGUUUAGUUAUCAAUUGUCUUUACACAUAGGUAGCUCCACAGUGAGCCAAGUAUUGGUACUACCAAUCUCUCCUAUUUACCUUUUUCCUUGAUUUUCAGAAAUAUUUUCUGGUAUCUUAUAUUGCUGUUAGUAAUGUUAAUACCAUCAUAAUAAUGACUAUGUCUAUAAUAAUAAUAACAGCAUCAAUAUUAAUAGCAUUAGUAAAAAAGAAAAAAAGAAAAAAAA